AUGGCAGAACAACCGGAUCUCAAUGACCCCAGGAUUGCGGAGUUGUGGCGUCAAUUCAUCCAACGUGCCACAAAUCCUGGGCUCCGGAUGGCCUUCCCUCCACAGUACGCUCCACCAGCUGCCUUUCCUUUGCCAGCACCACUGGUGGAGAAUGCAGCACCAGUGGCCCAGGAUCCACCACCAUUGGGCCAGAAUCCAGCACCACUGGUGCAGGAUCCAGCACCUGUCGGCCCGAAUCAUGCACCUGUAGACCUGGAUCCUGCACUUGUAGCGGAGAAUCCUGCACCUGUGGCCAACAAUCCUGCACCGGUGGUGCAGAAUCCACCAGCAGCUGCUUCUCCUGCUGGCCACAUGGAACUCCUUGGUGCCCUUGGCAGGAUAGAAGAGCUCCUGCGUAAGCAGGAGGAAAAGAAGGAAAAAGAGGAGAAGAAGCAGUCUAAGAAGAAGAAGCGCAGGGAGUUUUGGCAGCGUGGCGGUCGAGGCUGGAGAGGCGGAAGGGGUGGUGGAAGGGGCGGAAGGGAUGAUGGUUUGGGCCUUUUUAUCAAGGCUAGCCGCCAAUAA